CAAUACAACGAGGCAAAGUGAUUAAUAAACAGCAACUCCGGGAUUGGGUGUUCUUCAUCGGAUCAAAAUCAACAUCUCUACUUCAAAGUCCAUUGAUCUGUUAGUUUAAUUCCCAUUUAGAAACCUUAGUAUUUAUCGUAAUUUUACAAUAAUCAUGUCCAUGCUCGUCAACUGUUCUCAUUGCUGGACUCCACUGCAACUCCCUCCCGGCGCCCGAUCCAUACGCUGCUCUAUCUGCCAGGCUGUUACUCGCAUCGCCGAUGCGCGAACUGCUCCACCUCCUCCGUCAUAUGCUCCUUCCUCUACCCACGCACUACCUCCUCCGUCUUCUGCUCCUUCAUCUACCUACGCGCCACCUUUACCUUGUCCCUACAAUUACGCUCCGCCUGGGCCUCCUCCGAACGCGCACGGGAGAAAGAAGGCUGUGAUAUGUGGCAUAUCGUAUAGGUUUUCGAGAUAUGAGCUGAAGGGAUGCAUAAACGAUGCCAAGUGUAUGCGUUACCUUGUAAUCAACAAGUUUCAUUUCCCUGAAGAUUCUAUUCUUAUGCUUACUGAAGAGGAAACAGACCCCUAUAGAAUUCCUACUAAGCACAACCUGAGGAUGGCAUUAUACUGGCUCGUACAAGGUUGUCAACCUGGAGAUUCCCUGCUUUUCCACUAUUCUGGUCACGGUUCACGUCAAAUAAACUAUACUGGUGAUGAAGUUGAUGGAUAUGAUGAAACUCUAUGCCCCCUAGACUUUGAAAGUCAAGGUAUGAUUGUUGAUGAUGAAAUCAACGAAACAAUUGUUAGACCUCUUCCUCAAGGUGUGAAGCUCCAUGCAAUAAUCGAUGCUUGUCACAGUGGCACUGUGUUGGAUCUACCCUUCUUAUGCAGAAUGAACAGGAAUGGACAAUAUGCGUGGGAGGACCAUCGUCCACGAUCAGGCAUGUGGAAAGGAACAAAUGGUGGAGAAGUCAUUUCCUUCAGCGGUUGUGAUGACAAUCAAACAUCUGCUGAUACAUCUGCUCUGUCCAAAAUAACAUCCACAGGUGCAAUGACUUUUUGCUUCAUCGAAGCCAUUGAGCGUGGACGCGGGACAACAUAUGGGAGCAUUCUCAAUUCAAUGCGGGCUGCUAUUCGAAAUACUGGUACCCGUAAUGACCUUGGAGGUGGUGCUACGACAUCUCUCCUCACCAUGCUUGUAACAGGAGGUAGUGUUGGUGUUGGUGGUGGACUUAAACAGGAGCCGCAGUUGACUGCCUGCCAGCCGUUUGAUGUAUAUACAAAACCUUUCUCUUUAUGAAGAUUAAAGAAAGGUACAUAUUUAUUGUGACCAACUAUAAAAGAAGAGCGGUCUCUUACAAUUUGUUGUCGAUAUAGUAAAAGCAUAACUCGCGGUGCUGAUGAUCCUUAUUUUGUUACAUGUAGCUUAAUUUAUUACAUGGCAAUUGACACCUACAUUAGUAACUGGUCAUUUUUGUCAGAAAUGUCCAUCAUGUCCAUUACCAUAUGGAUUUGGGUUCUUCCUAUUAGAUUUAUAAUAUAACAGGGAAUGUUAUUUGUCA